AAGCUUGAAGAAUUGACAGUAUAAAAGAGGAACGACCCACCAAAAAUCCCCUUCUCCUUCUCUCUCUCUCUAUUUCUUUCUCUUUCUCUCUGUAACUUCGUCUCCGGAUCAUAGCAGGCGAGAAUAUACAGAAGGAAGAUCUGAUGUACCUGCUUGCGGAUCUUAACUAUAUUCAGUACCAUGAUUACCCUAGAGCAUAAAGAAACUGUGGCAAGUAAUUGUGAGGCAUCAAUAAGAUGCCUCCAGGUCAAGGAGGAGGAGGAGGAGCACCCAAGUGAUGUAUUUCCGGAGUUAAAAGAUGAUGUAACCACCCCAGGCGGAAGUACGUUAGAAACUGAAAACCGAAUCAACAGUGAACCUGUUGAACCUUCAUCAAAGGAAUUUAAUGGCAAACCCACAACGACGUUCAUGAAUGGAUUCAGCUCAUGGUUACCUUUCCAUCCCGAGGCUAGUAAUGUGGUGCAUUGCCAAUAUGCGUUACAGACACCUUUUUACCCUUUUCCAGCAGAAAACCAUCUUCACUAUGCUCCAUAUAACAUCUUUCCUCAAAAUUAUCCCCAUGAUAACUGGCUCCAGGAUUUCCAGUAUUUUGUUGUCAUAGACUUUGAGGCUACAUGUGAUAAGGCAAAGAAUCCUCACCCUCAAGAGAUAAUUGAAUUCCCAUCUGUGAUUGUGAGCAGCGUGACGGGCCAAUUGGAAGCUUGUUUUCAGACUUAUGUACGCCCAACUUGCAAUCAGCUGCUGAGUGAUUUUUGCACUGAUUUGACAGGCAUACAACAAAAUCAGGUGGACAGAGGUGUUACUCUAACUGAAGCUCUCCUAAGGCAUGAUAAGUGGCUUGAGAAGAAGGGUAUAAAGAAUACUAACUUUGCUGUGGUGACUUGGUCAAAUUGGGACUGUCGGGUGAUGCUUGAAUCUGAAUGUAGAUAUAAAAAGAUCCGGAAGCCUCCUUACUUCAACAGAUGGAUUAACCUGAAGAUCCCUUUCCGUGAAGUAUUUGGAGGGAGGAGUUGCAAUCUGAAGGAGGCAGUCCAGAUGGCGGGGCUAGCUUGGCAGGGGAGAGCACACUGUGGACUGGACGAUGCUAAAAACACUGCUCGUCUGCUGGCAUAUCUGAUGCGUAAGGGAUUCAAAUUCUCCUUCACUGAUUCUCUUCUUUGGGAACCUCCUGCUGCUGAUAAUCACAACCACCGUCCCUCUACAUGGAAGCAACAACAGCAGCAGCCAAUGGACCCAUUUAUCUUUCCUCCAUUUCAGCCGCCUUAUCAUAAUAGAGUGAAAGAUAUGCUGCACAACAAUAUUAAUAAUAAUCCAGUAAUCCAUGUCAGACCCGCCAUUCAGACCCUGCACCAUCAUAAUCAUAAUCAUAAUAAUCCCUAUUGUCACUGUGGGGUGAAGAGCAGCAAAGGGAUGGUACGCAAACCGGGUCCAAAGCAAGGGAGCUGUUUCUUCGGCUGUGGAAACUGGACCACCACUAGAGGGGCUCGUUGCCAAUACUUUGAAUGGGCUUCAUCUUGAUUUGCUGGCUGGCUUACUGGCUGGCUCCUCUUCUGUUCUGUAAAAAAAUAAUAAUAACUAAAGACUUGCUUAGUCAUAUCCGAAUAUGGGUAAGAACUAUAUCUAUUAUACAUUAUAAGUAGUUUGGUUGGUGAAAUUGGGGCAUUUGUGAGAGGGUUGGAAGAAGAAGAAUGAAGUGUCCAAGCUGACUUUUGUUUGGCAAAAAGAUUCUGACUUGAUUAUGGGUUUUUAUUUUUAUUACUAUUAUUAUUAUUAUUAUUAAUAUUAUUAUUGGUA